ACCCCGGUGCGGUGACCUUCCGGGUUGUCCCACGUGUGCCGUGCACCAUCGCUGCCCUUGCGCGACGGAAAGUCGCAAGCCGCUGUGUUUUUUGGUGUGGCAAUUUCGUUAUUAAUUAUUUACUCGAACAAUUUUUUUGAUUGUCAUCUCUGGUGACUUCAGGAUGUCGAAGCUCAGGAAGUUGAGAGAUGUGGAUAUAAACCCGUGUCUGGAGGAAACUGAUGCUUCCCGGAAGUGCAUGGAACAAAAUGCCUACGACAGAGACGUAUGCACACAAUACUUUUUACAAUAUAGAAACUGCAGGACAUUUUGGAACAAAAUUAUAGUGAGACGCCGAGGCGAAGGAGUGGAACCCGCCAUUCCGACUGCAGAGGAACGGAAGCGCAUUCUGGAGGAACUUGGACAAAUACCUUACUAAAUCCUUGACCACAAGGACCUGGAGCAGCAUUGACAUCGAUCUCACCACCCUCUCGGUUGUCUGCAGUGUGCAUAAUCCUGAGGCACAACAUUAACAACUGCCAAGGUGCUGAAUAACUUUGAAAUGUAUGCACCUGUUAUAUUUUUACAUGUGCACCGACUGCAUAUUUCUCCGUAACAAGCAUGGUUGUUUGAACGAUUGUUUUCUCUAAAGUUAGGCACACGCUCCACAAGUUUCCAUUUGCAACAGCUGCCGGGAACAUUUUUUGGUGACUCACCGCCAACCACUGUGGCAGGGAGAGUGGUGGGGAAUCUCGACAGUUACGGCAUAGCAAAUGUGUUUAUUAUAUCCCCUGACCUGACUCGCCAAUCUGGUUGAAGUAAACAGCAACAUAUGGUCGAAGAAUGCCUGACAUCACGGGAACAUGAGGCGCCCAUCUAAGCAUAGUGUUUUUCAUUGUGAAAAAAGAAUCGUGCAGUACUUUUUUAUUUAAUCGGAAUUAAGUACUUGAAAGUAUUAUAAUAGAGGAUUAUAGCACCGGUGUCGUGGUUAGCGCAUUGCAGUCAGCCCGCUGACCCGAGUUUGAUUUCAAGGUCAUGUGUGGCUCAUAUCAGUGGUGAGUUUUUGUCUCCACUGUUCCGGGGACCCCCUUCUUCACCAACCCGCACUGACAAGCUGGGUGAUGUAUGGCCAACACCCCUCGUAACUGACACGGUGUGGUGAAGCUUUCAUCCAGUAGUGGAGUGACAGGACUGUAAAUGUUACAAUUAGUACUACCUGCUCCACGACUGAGGGGCCUUCCCAUGCCAUGGGGAUGUUUUAACCAUAUUUCACCACACUUGUCACUGAGUUUGUGAAGGCGUGCAGCAUGGAAAAGGUGGCCAUAGAAGUUUGCUUCACUGCCUUGUGUUGUGUAUCUUAUAACACCUGUUAUGCAUAGUGGUCACUCACCCAAGCACUUUUUUUGGUUGAACACUGCUUAGCUGGUGAUAUCUAAUGAUAUAAAGAGCGUUGUUAGUCAAUACUGUGCAGUACAUUUACAUAAAUGCUUAUGCACAAUGAAGCAAACUCACUUUUUGAGAGUUGCAUCUGCAUUCUAGUAGGCUCUAACUUGGUGAUUCUUUUGUUGGAUUGUGGAUACUUGUGGGAAACUUCUGCAGUGUGCACCCAGUGUUCGAUGUGUUUGAUUUCUCUUGGCUGUAUGAAAUGUAUUCAGUUAUUUGAUCAUAAAAUUAUAUUAUAACUGGUGCUGUUUUACCAAAAUGUUUAUGUUUUGUACUGUCUGGGAUUAAUGUACCUAAAAAAAACUUUACCCUUGCUG